CCUGCUCACGUCAUGCCUGCCAACCAAGAGCCUGCCAACCAAGAGCCUGCACACGUCAUGCGUGCCAACCAAGAGCCUGCUCAUGUCAUGCCUGCCAACCAAGAGCCUGCUCACUUCAUGCCUGCCAACCAAGAGCCUGCACACGUCAUGCCUGCCAACCAAGAGCCUGCUCACGUCAUGUCUGCCAACCAAGACCCUGCCCACGUCAUGCCUGCCAACCAAGAGCCUGCUAACGUCAUCCCUGCCAACCAAGAGCCUGCUCAAGUCAUGCCUGCCAACCAUGAGCCUGCUCACGUCAUGCUUGCCAACCAAGAGCCUGCACGCGUCAUGCCUGCCAACCAAGAGCCUGCUCACGUCAUGUCUGCCAACCAAAACCAAGAGCGUGCUCACGUCAUGCCUGCCAACCAAGAGCCUGCUCAGGUCAUGUCUGCCCUUGUCAUGCCUGUCAACCAAGAGGCUGCUCACGUCAUGCCUGCCAACCAAGAGUCUGCCCACGUCAUGCCUGCCAACCAAGAGCCUGCACGCGUCAUGCCUGCCAACCAAGAGCGUGCUCACAUCAUGCCUGCCAACCAAGAGCCUGCUCACAUAAUGCGUGCCAACAUGAGCCUGCUCACGUCAUGCUUGCCAACCAAGAGCCUGCACACGUCAUGCCUGCCAACCAAGAGCCUGCACACGUCAUGCCCGCCAACCAAGAGCCUGCCCACGUCAGCGAAUUUCAGCGAUGCCAUUUUCUUCUUGAAAUGGCUGAAUCUGCUGUGGAAACGGGACUGCCAGAAUGUGUAACACAGCACCGAAGCUUUGAUCCACACAUGGACGGCGAGUCCUGGAAACUUAUUUCAGGAUUCCGAAGGUGAAUUGGAAACGCCAGCCAAAGCCUGCAGGGAGAAACGGAGGUAUAAAACAAUAUCGACUUACAUCCUAUCGUCAUUUCAUGGAAUGGGUUUUGCAAGGCGAAAGACUGGGGAAAGGACACCGACUUGUUUUGCCUGCCUGUGUUGUUCAGGACAUCAGACGUAGAUAUCCAGCUCCUCACGGCAAUAUAGCGGCUAUAAAGAAACGGAUGAAGCUCUGGAUGAGCUAUAAGUGUGAAUUUUUUGUUUUUUAAUAAAAAUGUA